AACCUGAUCUCACGGACCAGUGCACAACACCAGUUUGGCGCUCUAUUUAACACCCGCUUAGUACCAUGAUUGCUGUUGCAAAUUAAGCUCUCUUUCCCGGUUCCCCCCGGCCUCGCUCUCCAUCUCUCUCCCAUACACACCUCGCCAUAGACAGGUGCUGCUUGGCUGCAGCUUGCUACCGUGUAAUGGAGCAGGAGCUCAACCUUGAGCUCACCCUAUUCCACCCCUCGGCCUCGCCGGAGCCGCCGGGCUACUUCGUCUGCAUGUACUGCGACCGCAAGUUCUUCAGCUCGCAGGCGCUCGGCGGCCACCAGAACGCGCACAAAUACGAGCGCAGCCUGGCCAAGCGCCGGAGGGAGAUCGCCGCCGCCCUGCGCGCGCACGGGGCGGCCGCCUCGGGCGCCCGCGAUGCCGCCGCCGCUGCCGCCAGGCCAGGGGACACCGGCGCCGCCGGAGUCUUCGUCGCCGAAGACAAGAGGGCUAGGAUGGACAAGCAGCAGCCUGCUGCCGUUGCCGCUCCGGCGCCUGCCCUGCCGACCAACAAGAGGAGGUCGUCGGAGCGCGGCUACGGCGUCGAGCGCGCCGACGAGCUGGACCUCUCCCUCAGGCUUUGAUUGGUUCCUCUUCGAUCCUCCUCCACCUUUGCUUGGCCCCGUUUGCUUAGAUAAUUCGAUCUGUAUGGUGAGUGCAAGUCAGCUGUUUCGCAGUGCUGGAUUCGACAUCAGUUCCACAUGUAGUUGUGUAAUCGUGUUCUUCUGAUGGAAGUUAUCGGCAAGAACUAUUGCCGGUCCAUCCUGCUAUAUCCAAAGGGCGUGGUAAUUGGUGUGCUCUUCAGUCGUGUCUUGUCCUGCUGCUCUUCGUUCUCAACUGAAUUUUCAGUUUAGCAGGCAUCUGCUUCUUCAGGUGAUUCUAAAUUGUGCAUAUGCCAUGCCAAACUUUGAUAAGUUUGUGAUGCA